AUUAGCUUUAGGCCCAAUGUUUAAAGUCCAAUCAACAUCCCUCGUUUUCCCCAGAGCUUCUCUGCUUCACAAUCUUGGUAAGGCAAGUAUCCCCCAUAAACGAAAAGCUUCCAUUUUACCUUCGGAGAGAAAAACGAUGAAGCUCUCACUGAAACUCCAAGACCAAUCUCAAAUCCACAACCACCAAAAACAAUCACAAACACACCCACUUCUCCUUCGUGCCAAAAUCCCCAUUUCCAUUUUCAACCUUCCUUUCCUCUCUUGCUUUUCCACCACCACCCACCACCCUUCUGAUCUCUCCCUUUCUCUUGCCACCAGUUUCCCUUCUGGACCUAUCCUUAAACUCGCCUACUCCACUGCAUCAACCCCCAGCUCCACUAGCUCCAUCGCCCCUCCUUUAACUCUCACUCUCAAAUCUGGAAUUGGGGUUUUUGGGUCUCCCAAGAACUCACCUUUAGCCAUUUCUGCUAACUUUUCCUUCUCCCCUUUGAAUCCUAAUCAAACUCCCACUUUUACCCUUCUCUUCAAACCCCAAUUGGGUUCUUUUUCGCUUCGUAAAAGCACUGUUUCUGACCCGAAUUCUAAUUCUAGUGCUGUUGGUAAGCAGAAUGGUGAUGGGAAUUCAUUUGGGUUUGUUCCUUUGGAGAGGCCAUCGAGUUUUAAGGAAUUCUCGAUGGAGGACUAUGCUAAAGAUUCGAUCUUUAAGGGGAUUGCUGUAAUGGCGAAGACGGAAUUGCCUUUGACGAAAAGGGUUAUGAUGGAUUGUCGUUGGGGUGUGAAUUUCCCCAAGGAUUUGGGGAACAGGAUGCCGUUUUUAAGUGUGAAUAAGAUCGGGAUUAAGAGAGUUGAGGAAGUUAAGGAGGUGAAGGAGAAGAAGGAUGAGAAUUCAGGCGAAACGGAGUUGCUGAAAGGUAUGUGUUUUUGGAUGAAAAAGGAGUUGGAGAUGUUGCAGAGAGAGAAUAGAGAGAUGAAACAUAGGUUGGAGGAAAUGAAGAUGGGGAAUGCUGUUAGAAAGGGUGUUGGUGAGGCAGAGUUUGUAGGUGUGCAGGUGAUUGAGAAUUCAGGGGGAUUUGAGCAGUGGAGGAAUAAGAGGAAUAGUGGGGGAGAUAAUGCGAAGAAAGAGGUGAAGAAGAACACCUCCAACGGGAAUCGAGCUAGUGAUGUUGAGAGUGAAUUGCAGAAAGCUAUUAGGGCUGCUUCCUCAUCAUGAGGUUCGAAUUGUCUGCUAAUUAGCUCGAGUAAAUAGUUAAUGAUUACUUCCUUUCUUAGUAUGCAAUGUAUAUAUGAAUGAGCUUGCUGUAACUCAAGUGAGAUACCUAUCUCCUUAAGGAGGGUUAGAGUGAUGAAUAAUUUAUAGUUUUACUUCUCUAGACUAUAGAGAAGGCUUCAA